GGCUCUAGCAUAGGAAAAGGAACGCAAUACGCUCGGCUUGCUAAUAAAUUUAGGUUCUAUUAUAUUUUAGUAGGAGACCUGCUGCGCAAGGAAGCAGCCUGUCCUAUGUUACCUUAUUACAACUUUAUCCCUAAAAGUAUUAAAAAAUUACUCUUAAGGCAAGCUAUAAGCAGAGCGCAGUCUAAAGGCAAACGCAAGUUUCUAUUAGAUAAAUUUCCUAGAAGUAUUUUGCAGGCUGUUAACUUUAAAUUAAAGAUCUGCAAAUUCCAAGCUAUACUGUUCUUAGAAUGUUCUAAAGCAGAACUUAGGGAUUGCUUGCAGCGUCGC